UCUGACAUGUUGGCUACAGGCGAACUUCUAAGGUCGCCCCCAAAGAAAACGGUUCGAUUUGGCGGGACCUUGACAGAUAUUCUGCUAAAAUACCAAAAGGGAGAGAGAACUGAUUUUGAUUUGUUGAAGGAUCAGCUGUUGGAUCCAGACUUAAAAGAUGAGCAGAUUAUUAGUUGGCUGCGUGAGUUCCGGUCGUCUGUUGCAACCCUGACAAAGGAGUUUGAACAGCUGGUCAGCAUCUUAUUGAAAGUCCCAUGGCUCCGAAGAAGCAAAGCUGUGGAGGAAGAGUAUUUGGCCUUCCUGAGCAACUUGGUGUCAGCGCAGACAAUCUACCUUCGGCCGUGUCUCGCUAUGAUCGUCUCACACUUCAUUCCCCCUCGAAUCACUGUACGGGAGGACGACGUGGACAUCUCUGAUUCAGACAACGACGAUGAAAAUAUUACCAGAUCCUUUAACACAUGUCACAGAGCGUUGGAAACAGUUGCCAGAUACGUCCCUUUGACGCCACAGUUUCUUAUGCCGGUGCUAACUGAAAAAUUCCCCUUUGUUAAUAAAUCAGAAAGAACUCUGCAGUGCUAUGUACACAAUGUGAUUCGGAUCAGUGGCUACAUCCCAGUGCUGAGGCAUGACAUUUUGGAGCUGGUGAUUGAAAGAUUGUUAAAGAUUGAUGUGAGUGCCCCUAGGAAAGACAUCGAAGCUGCUGAAGAUGCCGAAAGCGAGCAAGCCUGUGAAGGAGGACUCUUUGACAUGGACGUUGAUGAGGAAAACGGAGAGGAGAAUGACGUGAUGGCGCAUCCCCUCGCAGAGCGGCUGGACAUCCUGAUGACCAUCUUGUUUUCCUAUAUCAAAGACGUCUGCCAUGUCAAUGGCAAACUUGAUAUUGGGAGAACAAAGGACUUGUAUCGGGACCUCAUACUGAUCUUCGAUAAACUCAUCUUGCCUACGCAUGGCUCAUGUCACGUCCAGUACAUAAUGUUCUACCUCUCCAGCUUCAAACUGGGAAUUGCAGAAGCUUUUGUGGAACACCUUUGGAAGAAGCUGCAGAACCCCAACGGUCCGGCAGUGAUCCGGCAGGCUGCCGGCAGCUACAUAGGGAGCUUUUUGGCACGAGCGAAAUUCAUCCCUGUCAUUACAGUGAAAGCUUGCCUGGAGCUGCUGGUCAGCUGGCUUCACAAGUACAUCGACCACCAGGGCACUGGCUCCAAAGCGUUCUGUGACGUCGCUCUGCACGGUCCCUUCUACGCUGCCUGCCAGGCUGUGUUCUACGUGGUCAUCUUUCAACAUAAGCAGAUUUUGGAUGGAAACUUGAAGAAAGGUUUGGCAUUCCUGCAGAGCCUAAAUUUUGAGCGCAUUGUCAUGUGCCAUUUAAACCCCCUGAAGGUCUGCCUGCCCUCCAUCGUGAGCCUCUUCGCUGCUGUUAACAGGAAGUACCAGAUUGCCUUCUGUGACACAAUCAUCGAGAGGAACCGGAGACAGGUCUUGCCAGUUGUAAGGAGCAGCAAUGGGGGCGACUCUGUAGAGACCUGCACCAAUCCCCUGGACAGCUUUUUCCCUUUCGACCCUUAUAUUCUCAAAAGAUCAAAGAAUGUCAUUAAUCCUUUGUAUCAGUUUUGGGAUGAGCAGAAUACUGAGGAUCUCACAGAGGUUGCCGUCUCCAUUGAUGAGUGCAAAGGGGAAGAAGAAGAUGACUUCUUGAAAGGUGAAACUCCUCAGAGCGACAGUUUGAUUGGCAUGACUCCCGGCUUCUUUGAUUCAGCUCUUCGGAGUCCAGACAGCUCAGUGGGUUCACCACCAUUAGCAUCUCUGCAGAGGUAGCUCUGACCUCCAGCUUCAAGAGACAGAAGUGCUUUCAAGGAUGAGAAGGCGUCUUAUGGAGAUCUUCUGGUCCAUAUCUUGAACUGCUGAUUUCUUCAAUGCCUUUUGAUAGCAAAGUAUUAAAUAGGUGCAUAGUUAUUAUCCUAAGAGGCAUGAGUGCAUUUUACUGAACUCAAGCUGGGCUUGUAUGUCACAUUGAAGAGUCUGUAAGGAGAAGCACCUUAAUAAAGUUUUCUGUUUUUUCAU